UGCUCCCUCUAUAUAUGGCAAUUCCGAUAUCUAUCCCCAAGCAGAGAAACAAAAAAGGGGAAGAAACGUCUGUGAAAGAGCUUUACUAAUGCUUGCUAUGGACUGGGACUGGAACGACUUUGCGUGGGAUUCAAUUGAGUUGGAGGAAAAAGAGGAUAACAGCAGCUUUGCUGGCCUUGUUGGUCCCGGUAGCUUGGGAGGACAGGAUAAUAAUAAUAAUAAUAAUGGAGGAGGAAUUAUGGUGGACUUGAAACUGCGUGGGAUAUCCGGUUUGGAGGAGAGAUCUGUAGACGGAUUAAAGUACAGAGGGCCAUUGAAACGGACUCGGGUGAUGAGUGGAACUCAAAAUGUUUCAUGUUUAGUGGAUGGAUGCAAAUCAGACCUCAGUAUCUGCAGGGAUUAUUACCGGCGACACAGGGUUUGCGAACGCCAUUCUAAAACCCCAGUUGUAAUCGUUGGGGGCAAAGAGCAGCGUUUCUGCCAACAAUGCAGCAGAUUCCAUUCUCUGGGGGAGUUUGAUGAUGUAAAGAGAAGUUGCCGGAAACGUCUUGAUGGACACAACUUGCGCCGAAGAAAGUCUCAGCCAGAACCCCUGUACCUGAGUUCUGAGGAGUUUCGGUCAAGUUACAAAGGCUCGAGAAUCUUGCAAUUCAGUAAUCCCCACAUAUAUGCAACUACUUCUCUGAGAGGCACCUGGCCUGGGACGGUCAGCUCUGAAGCACAAGCUAUGGUUCAUAAUCAUUACCGGGGAUUGCGCAUUACCGAAGGACAAAGUAUUCCGAAUUCCUUCGCCGUGAUUUACAAUGAGGAAAAUAAGAUGUUUUCUUUCUUACAGGAAAAUGGCCCUAAACUAUGCAGCCAAACAACCCCUGAAGCUUCCAUCCACCAGCCUCUUUCCAAUAGCAUUGUUUCAGCAGAAAGUGGAAGGGGUGGCCACAGUAUGUUGUCUGGUGGACCAACACAACCCAUUGACUUGGGUUAUGCUCUCUAUCUUCUGUCAUCACAUCCAACACAAACUUCAGCAAUGGAUUUGAGCCACUUGGUGCGGUCCAGCGUGAGCCAUCCAAGUCAAUCCAUAAGCUCAGCACAGCAACUUGAUGAAGUGUCUCAGUACUCAUGUUCCCAUGGUAUAAAGGACAAGUCUGCUGCAGGUCUAGUCUUGCUUCCCGAUUCCAAUGAAACCAAUUUCUACUGCAAUGGAGUGUUUCAAGAGGCGUUUGAUGCCUUGUUCGAAAGUGAGGCCUCACCAACUCUUCCCAUCUGGUGGGAGUAGUCAGCUUCGGAAAGAGUUUGGUUUUUAUCUAGCGGAAAAAAAUGAACGAAUAAUAGACUCAAAUGAAUCAAGAGUUUUCCCAUUAAUUUCCUUGCCAAGAAUUCAAUGUCUUGGAUUCUUGUCCUCUGAUACAUAUGAUUCUCUGUUUGAGCUCUUUGUAUUGUGUGGUAAACUUAUCUCCAUCUAUCUAAUUUCUUGGAACCAUUUGCAUUUUCUUGGUAGUACACUUCGACCUUUGAGUUCUGUACCAUAUUUUUAUU